AUGACCACAUUUCACAAUGCCACUGACUCGAAAUCAGGCUCGACAAAGGCUUCUAAAAACACGAUUCGCGAUGUAGACGACUCUGGACUAUGGAGCAGCCCGGAGAAGUCGAGCAAGACCAAGUUCAAGGCGCUACCAGAUGACACCCUCGGUACCCCAAAGAAAUCGAGCAAGGCCAAGCUAAAGAUUGCACCGGGGGACUCAUUCGAUUCUCCUGAGCAAGAAAACAAGAUGAAACCUAUUCCCAGAGACGAGCCUUCUCCCUCGCCAACAAAGGGCGGGGUGCUCAGGCUCUCGCAGAACGACGAUCUCAGCCAGAGAUCUUCCUCCUCACAACAAAGGAAAUCUAUCUGGAGUAGGAAACCAAUUGAGAAUAAAGCGCGAAAGAAGGCCAAAGAAGCAUCACCCAAGAUCGAGCGUGCAACGUUCGUCGUACCAAUCGAUAUUGAUGACACCAUUGGAUAUGGAAGCACAAGAACUCUCCUGGAUACGGAUUCCAGUGACACGGAAUCUGCCAAGGAUGAGCCAGUGCAGGAGGAAGAGGCUCUUGAAAGCGGUCUAACGAAGUGUCCAUGGUGUCAAGAUUUGGUGUCAGCAAUAGCCCUGAAGGAAUACUCCAAGGGAAAGAAGCUGCUGAAUGUGCAGAUGCAGAAGAGAUUCUGUGAGAGACACAAGAAGGAGACGGCCAUGGAUACAUGGCGCGAGCGAGGCUACCCCCAUGUUGACUGGGAAAUGCUGGAACGCCGCUUUGGCGACCACCGAGCUUACCUAUCGAGGGUCAUUGACGGCAAAAAGUCACACUUCCGUAACAUUCUGGCAGAAAAGAUUGAAACCGGCCAAGGAAGAUCACUCAAGAAGGAAGGCAACCUGAAUCCCGGGUACUACGGUCCGCGGGGUGGUAAGCUCAUGCAGGAUUACCUUGUGGAGGAGUUUAGCGAGCUGUUGAUGGAAAAGGCCGUGAGUGACCAUGUCAUUGCCGGACGUGGAUCGGCGGCUUUCAUUCAGUCUGUAUUGGUUGCCGAGCUUGCUGUUCAACUGAUCAUGGAGGACAUGGACGUGUCUGCCGUAGAGGCGAGGGAGAUCAUGGAGGAGAGCAAAGCUGUGGGUGAGAUGAUACAUGAAGAGGUAUGA